GACCGCUACGGCACUGUCUGCCUCCUCCACGUCGACGCCCACAACGACGUCAGUGACUCGAUGCUGGGAGCGAAGAUCACCCACGGCACGCCCUUCAGGAGAGCGGUCGAGGAGGACCUUAUCGACCCGAAGGCUACCGUGCAGAUAGGCCUACGCGGUUCCUCUUACACUGUGGAUGCGCAUGCGUGGCAGAUAAGCAAGGGCUUCCACAUUGUCCAAGCGCACCAGUGUUGGCACAAGUCCCUGGAGCCUUUGAUGAAAGAAGUGAAAGCAUAA